AUGUCUGCUGAUACUGAUGAUGAUCUUGGUGAUGUUGUUCUAAAUUGGUCACCACGAGAUCAUCCUCUUUCUAAUCCACAAUACCAUGUUUUACAAGGUAGAUAUUGUCGACUUGAAUUACUCAAUUCAAAAACAAAUGAUAAUGUUAUUCA